AUGGUCGAGACUCGUAGGAGUAGCCGGAGAUCAGAUGCGUCCGAGUCGUCGUAUCGUGCAAGCGAACCAGCAGAUGAAGAGGAACAGCCGUCGCCCAAGGUCGAGGAAGAGGUGGUUUUGACGACAACUUCGCGAGGCAGGAGGAUAAAGAAGGCCGUUUAUGUCGAGUCUUCGGAGUACGAGGAGGAAGAAUUCCGCCCUUCUGCUGCCAACUUGUUCGACGACGAUGUAGAGGGCAAGCCGGCUCGACGCGGGAAGAGGGCCAGUGUCGAAACAGAGGAUUCCCAGUCUCAACCUCGCCGAAGCCUGCGCAAUCGUAAAUCAAGAGACCUGGCCGGGUUCAUUGCCUCGGAGGACGAGUUUGCAGACGAAGAUGACGACGAAGAGCACGGGCAACGUCGACGACUUCGUAGAAGACCACCACCACCCAAGAAACCGGACCCUCCGCCCAAACCAGUGGGACGACAAACGCGCAACUCGAGGCGUGCAGCCAAAGAUGACGACUACCAGGAAGAGGAGGAAGCUUCGUCGCAGGCUGACGCUGAAGGUUCGUCGGAUGACGAGAUGCAACUUGUUUCCGAGGAUAUCAAUGACCUUGGUAAUCCUCGUACUCCCACACCAGAACCUGAAGACGACAACGACGGAAAACCGUACGCGUUCAGGCAGAGGGCGAAGAUCAACUACGCCAUCCCUCCUCCAAUCGAGGAAAUGAAGAAACCGCCACCCAAGCAUGGAAGGAAUGGAUACCGUGGUGGUAAGAAGAAGGGAUUGGGAUGGAGUGCCUCGGGAGCAGAGCUCGCUCGCUGGAUGGGAGGACACAAUCCUCACGACGAUUCGGACUCGGACCAUCCAACGAGAACACCCCGAAAACAACCAUUUGGCGCUGGCCUCAAUCCUUUCGGGUCGAACGCCAUCCCCGCCGGUGGCAUACUUCCUGGAGACCUCGUCGCUGGGACGCCAUCUAAUCUGGGAAAGAUCGGCGAUGCCGCCCUUGCUGAUGCUGACCCACUCGGUGUCAACACCAAUGUCACCUUCGACGAAGUUGGUGGCUUGGAUGAACACAUCCAUUCGUUAAAGGAGAUGACGCUGCUCCCGCUACUCUACCCUGAAGUCUUCCAACGGUUCAGCGUUACUCCUCCACGAGGCGUUCUCUUCCAUGGACCUCCGGGAACUGGAAAGACCCUCCUCGCUCGCGCCCUCGCAGCCAGCUGCAGAUCCGACGGGCGUCAAAUCUCCUUCUUCAUGCGCAAAGGUGCCGACUGCCUUUCGAAAUGGGUUGGCGAAGCCGAGCGCCAGCUCCGCCUCCUCUUCGAAGAAGCGCGCAACUCCCAACCCUCGAUCAUCUUCUUCGACGAGAUUGAUGGUCUAGCGCCUGUGCGAUCGUCGAAGCAGGACCAGAUUCAUGCGUCUAUCGUGUCGACAUUGUUGGCGUUGAUGGAUGGUAUGGAUGGACGGGGUCAGGUUAUUGUUAUUGGUGCUACGAAUAGGCCUGAUGCUGUUGAUCCUGCUUUGAGGAGACCUGGUCGGUUUGAUAGGGAGUUUUACUUUGGAUUGCCGGGUCUUGAGGCGAGGGAGAAGAUCUUGGGGAUCAUGACCAGGAAGUGGGCGGGGUGGGAUACCAACCAGGAGGGAGAGAAGGGUGAACGGGUGAAGGAGACGUUGAAGGGUCUGGCGAAGUUGACGAAGGGGUAUGGUGGUGCUGACCUUAGGGCUCUUUGCACCGAGGCUGCUCUGAAUGCCAUCCAGAGACGAUAUCCCCAAGUUUACAAGUCCAAUGACCGCUUGCUCCUCCAACCUGAAACCAUCGAUGUUGGAUUGCGGGACUUUAUGAUUUCAAUCAAAAAAAUCGUCCCUUCGUCCGCCAGAUCUGCGACCUCCGCAGCUACGAACCUUCCACCUCAGUUCGAAGCUCUUCUUUCCGGACCUCUGCAAAGAGUGAAGGACGCCAUCCAACGCGUCAUGCCUAUCGAGAAGAAGCUCACCGCUCUGGAGGAAGCCGAGUUCGAGGAUGAAGGUGGUGAAGACGGUGCUCUCGAACGGGAGAUGCUUUCUCAAUCGAUGCAAACUCUCCGAAUCUAUCGCCCUCGGGUUAUCAUUCACGGCCCCGUGGGGAUGGGUCAAGGUUACAUUGGCGCAGCUGCACUGCAUCAUCUGGAAGGUUAUCACAUCCAAAGUUUAGAGCUUGGUUCUUUGAUGAGCGACUCAACUAGGACUGUCGAAGCUGCGAUUGUUCAGUUGUUCACGGAAGCCAAGCGACAUCAGCCGUCAGUCAUCUACAUCCCGUCGCUCAUUGGGUGGUGUGCUGCUGUGAAUGAGACGACGCGGUCUACUGUCCGGGCGAUGCUCGAGACGCUGUUACCCACUGACCCUAUACUUCUGUUGGCUGUCGUAGAUGGUCCGUUCUCAGCUCUGCCAAAGGACGUUAAGCAAUGGUUCGGCGCUUCGAAGGAGAAUCGUGUUGCGCUUGAGGCGCCUUCAGCCGACCAGCGCGAAGCGUUCUUCGAGCCCAUGAUCAAGGAUAUCCAGCGGCCUCCGAAUCAGUUUGCGGACGGUAUGAAGAGGAGGAAGAGGAUACUUGAAGUACUUCCCAUCGCACCCCCGCUGGAACCUCGCAAACCGACCGCAGCGGAGUUGGCGGUUCAGAGGGAGAAUGAUCAGAAGACGAUCGUCAUCCUCAAGUUUAGGCUUGGUCCGAUCCUUUCAGAGUUGAAGCGGAAGUUCAAGAGGUUUACCAAGCGGGCGACUGAGGAAUACAACUUUGAACCGGACGAGAAUGGGAUUGGGUAUGUGUACCAGCAGGUGGAUGUGACGGCUGGUGCUCCUGCGACGCCUAAUGGUACUGCGACCAUCGACCUUACAAACGAUGCUAUGGACACCCAGCCCGAUGGCACGGCACCGGAGCAGCAACAGGCAACCCAGCAAGCCAUGCUACAAUCGCCUAUCCUCUACGACAUGGACCUCGACAAGAUGCAUUCUGAAUUGUACAAGGGCCGCUACCUCACCCCUCAGCACUUCCUCGAGGAUGUUCGGCGCAUCGUGCACAACGCUGAAGUGUUCCAAAACGAAGACUCGGAUAGGUUCCAUAAGGCUCAGGCCAUGUUUACGAUGGCGGAGUUGAGUCUUAUGGAGUUCGACGGGGCGUUUAGGCUGGAGUGCGAGAGGAUGGCGCAGCGGGAGAUGCAGAGGCGACAAGAAGAGGAGGCCAAGGAGAAGGAGAGGGAGAAAGAGAAGAACAAGACUGCUGCCAAUACCCAAGCGAACGGGAUCCAGACGAGGCGGUCUACGCGGCAGAAUGGGACUGUGGACCUCUUGAUGACGGAUCCUGUCAAGUUGGAGCGCAAGUUGAAGAGGCAGCGGGAUUCGGCUGCUGCGAAUGCGGAUGGUGUGGAUGGGCAUACGAGUGGGUCUGCGGAGGAGCAUGGGAGUGGGCAGGAGCCGAGGAAUGCGAAGAGGUCGAGAGUUGUGCCGGAUGAGGAGGAUGAUGAUCAGGAUCCGAUGAAUAUUGUUAGUCCGUCGGAUCGGGUGGGCCCUGGGCAUGUGCGGUUUGCCAACUCUGUGCCGCAGAUUCAGGCGCCUGGUGGUGGUGGGAUGUUUGGGGCAGGUGGGGUGCAGGCUAGUCCCUCGCCGAUGAAUUAUCACCAUCCGAACCAGAUGCAUCAGCAGCGGUCGCCGAUGAACCAUGGACAUGGGCAGCAUUCGUUUGUGCAGCAGCCGCAGCCACCGCAUUAUGGAGCCCAGGGUGGGUCGAUGGGUCCACAGUCGUCUUACGGCCCACCUCAAAUGCAUGGGCUUGCGCAACCGCAGUUUGGACAACCGAUGGACCAGAUGGGGGGUAUGUCGCAAGGACAUGGGUAUGGACUUAUGGGCCAGGGCAACACCCCGCAAAGGAGGAUGGAUGGGUUCGAUCCGUCCCUCUUGAACCCUGUGCAGCCAGUCGACCAGCACCACAACCAGUUUGGGCAACCGCAGUUCCAGCAGCCCCAACAAAGUCAUCAACUGCCCUACGGGGGGACUCAUCUUCCUCAUUCGCCGCAUCAUCAGCAGGUUGGGUCGCCGUUUGGAGUUGGGCCUUCGCAAGGAUAUAAUCAACCUGCUCAGCAGUUUGGGGGUGUGAAUCCUUCAGGUGGGAUGGGGUAUUCGAAUGAGAGGCAGUUACCGCCUUUCCAUCAGCAGCAGCAUCAACAUCAACAGCACCAGCACCAGCUUCCUCAGCAUUCGGUGUCCCCUCCUGCGAUGUAUGAUGAUCCUCAGAAUCCGCUUUAUACUCCUGCUUCGGCUGUGAUGCAUCGACAUCCGCCGAUGGUUCAGCCGCUUGAUGGCAGGCAGGGUACUCCGGGACAUGAACAGUUGCAGCUUCCGGUGCCGCAGCAGAGGUUGUCGGAGUCGAGGUCGCCUGAACCUGGUGUUCGUCCUCCUUCGACGCAAGUGACGGAGACGCCGGAGGUUGAGCAGCGGGUUGAGGGUGAGGAAGUGAGGAAGUCGCCCCAAGGCGGUGACAAUCAAGAGCAACAACAGCAACAAGACCAGGACCAACAACAACAACCAGCAGGCGAACCGAUGGCUGUUGUAGUUGAACGCUCACCUACGCCUCCGCACCCUGAAUUCCACGUUUCUGAGACCCUCUUGGAGAAGUUGAGGCGCAAGUUGCGGGAAGAGACGGAGGGGCUGAAUGUCGAGCAGCUUGAGCAGUUGAGGGCGACGUGUCUUGGGGAUGUUUGGAGGCAUAGGAAGGAGUGGGAUCGGGAUGGGCUUGUUAGGGUUUUGUUCAAGGUUGUGGAUGACUUUUUGGAGGAGGUUAAGGAGAUGGGGGAGUGGGAUGAGGAGUGA